AUGGCCACAAACACCACCACCAUCCGUCAGUACACGUCUUCCAGUUCGGCCAAGGGGUCCGGCUCCAGCUGGGUCCCCGGAGGCUUCUCCAGCUCCAUCUCCUCCUCCCGUCUGGUGUCCGGCGGUGGUUAUGGGGGCGGUUACACCAGUAGUUUGGGCUGCGGCUUCGGGGCCGGCCUGGGCAGCGGCUACGGCGGGGGUCUUGGUGGGGGCUUCGGCGGGGCGGACGGCGGGCUCCUGGCCGGAGGGGAGAAGGUCACCAUGCAGAACCUCAAUGACCGCCUGGCCUCCUACCUGGAGAAGGUGCGGGCCCUGGAGGAGGCCAACGCCGACCUGGAGGUCAAGAUCCGUGACUGGUAUCUGAAGAGGGGCCCCGGGCCCGUCCGUGACUACAGCCUUCAAUAUCGCACCAUCGAGGAGCUCAAAAACAAGAUCCUCACGGCCACCGUGGAAAAUGCCAACAUCCUGCUGCAGAUUGACAAUGCCCGCCUGGCAGCUGAUGACUUCCGCACCAAGUAUGAGACGGAGCUGACCAUGCGCAUGAGCGUGGAGGCCGACAUCAACGGGCUGCGCCAUGUGCUGGACGAGCUGACCCUGUCUCGGGCUGACCUGGAGAUGCAGAUUGAGAACCUGAAGGAGGAACUGGCCUACCUCCAAAAGAACCAUGAGGAGGAGAUGAACGCCCUCAGGGGCCAGGUGGGCGGAGAGAUCAACGUGGAGAUGGACGCUGCUCCUGGUGUGGACCUGAGCCGUGUCCUGUCUGAGAUGAGAGACCAGUAUGAGAAGAUGGCGGAGAAGAACCGCAAGGAUGCGGAAGACUGGUUCUUCAGCAAGACGGAGGAGCUGAACCGGGAAGUGGCCACAAACAGCGAGCUGGUCCAGAGCGGCAAAAGUGAGAUCUCCGAGUUGCGACGAAAUCUCCAGGCCCUGGAGAUUGAGCUCCAGUCUCAGCUCAGCUUGAAAGCCUCGCUGGAGGGCAGCCUGCAGGAGACGGAAAGCCGCUACUGCGUGCAGCUUUCGCAGAUCCAAGGCCUGAUUGGUGGUGUGGAGGAGCAGCUAGCCCAGCUACGCUGUGAGAUGGAGCAGCAGAAUCAAGAGUACAAGAUCCUGCUGGACGUUAAGACCCGACUGGAGCAGGAGAUCUCCACCUACCGACGUCUGCUGGAGGGCGAGGAUGCCCACCUGGCAUCUCAGUACAAGCCCAAGGAAGCGAGCCUCACCACCCGCCAGGUGCGUACCAUCGUGGAAGAGGUGCAGGAUGGAAAGGUCAUCUCGUCCCGUGAGCAGGUCCACCAAUCCACUCACUGAGCUGGGGUGGAAUCAGAAGGCCAGGGAUCAACCUGUUCCUGCUGGGUGUUCAGUCCCUUCCCACCUUGAGAGUCUCCUGCCUGGCCACCAGCCCAGCCCCGACUCCUAGCCCAUCCCUAGCCCUCCUUCUGCUGGCCAAUAAAGCUUUGUUACCUCGGUG